AUGCGUGAGCCUGGGCCCACCAAUGGUGACCAGACAUGCAACUCAUCCUGGAAAAGUGACAGCCAAGGGAAGAUCUGCAUCAAGAUCUCAGGGAAGUCUUCCUUUUCCAUUACUCGGGAGGCCCAGGUCAAUGUCCGGAUGGACUCCUUCGAUGAGGACCUUGCAUGACCCAGUGGCUUAUUGGCUCAGGAAUGAAAGCUUUGUCAGGAUCUAGUCCAUAGCAAGAAAAAGGAGCAGAAAUUAAGUUCCAUUAUCCAGCACAUACAGUCAGCUCGGUCUCAGCGUAGCCCCUCAGAAUUGUUUGCCCAGCACAUAGUGACCAUUGUUCAUCAUGUUAAAGAUUAUCACUUUGGAUCCUCUGGAAUGACAUUGCAUGAAAGCUUUACUAAAUACCUAAAGAGAGGAAAUGUAAAUGAACAAGAAGCAGCUAAAAAUAAGAAAAGCCCAGAGAUACACAGGACGAUAGACAUUUCCCCCAGUACAUUCAGAAAGCAUGGCUUGACUCAUGAGGAAUUGAAAAGUCCAUGGGAACCUGGCUACAAGACUAAGGGAAAACACAAAGAUGAUCCUGUUGAUCUUCACCUUGAUAUUGAACGUCGUAAAAAACAUAAGGAGAGAGAUCUUAAGCGUGGCCAGCCUGGUCUACAAAUGUCCUGGGUGAGGUAUUCCAGGCCUAGAAAUAAAAAGUCUUUUGCUCAGGAGUUCAUAAUAAGGAUAUCUGCAAGAGUAGAUCUAAAUUUUGCUGCUGUCUCCAGAAUUAUCAAGACAAUGGAUCACCCCUCAAAUAUCAGCCAGUCCAUCAUGUACCAUCCCUUUAGAAUGAAGACCUUGGCAUCUGCAGCUCAGAACACCCAGGGUCCUGUGAGGAAGGAGACGCCUUUCAGAAAAUAUGAUGCAGGCGUGGGCAGAGCUCUCUUCAGGCCAAGUGUAAACCAGGCCCUGAUCACUAAAAGCAACAGAUGGAAAUGGUGCUCAUCCGUGGGUAGCACGGGCGAGGAACAAGCCCACCUGGACCUCAUUUGA